ACGCCCGCGGGGCCCGCAGCGCGCAGCGAGGACGCGGUCCGACGUCGCCGCGGCUCGGCUGCAGGUAGCGAGGCCCCCCCGGGRCGCCGCGGGUGCCCGGGCCACCAGCUCCACCAAAGCCCGGAGUGCGCGUGGCCACCUCUGCGGCCUCUAGGCUCCUUCCCCGACCCCCGGAUGCCGAUACCGAGUGGACACCGGUUCCAGCGCCUGGUCUCCAUGGCCACCCGCGUCGGCUUGUCCCGCGGCAGCGCGGGACCCGGGGCCGUGGGUCCGGUCGAGGCAGCGAUUCGUGCGAAGUUGGAGCAGGCCCUGAGCCCCGAGGUGCUGGAGCUGCGCAACGAGAGCGGUGGCCACGCCGUCCCGCCGGGCAGCGAGACGCACUUCCGCGUGGCCGUGGUGAGCUCGCGCUUCGAGGGACUGAGCGCCCUGCAGCGGUUCCGGCUGGUCCACGCGGCGCUGUCGGAGGAGCUGGCCGGGCCGGUCCACGCUCUGGCCAUCCAGGCCCGGACCCCCGCCCAGUGGCGGGAGAACCCGCAGCUGGACACAAGCCCCCCCUGCCUGGGUGGGAGCAAGAAGAGCAAGAACACUCCCUGACACCAGCUCAGGGGGAGGACGGCGUCCGAACGGGCGGAUGGGGUCAGCUAGUGAACCACGACCGCCUUGCCGUGACCUUUAGGGGUGUCCCAUCCCCUUGGCACACUCCCAUUUCCAAAGAGAGAAGCCGGGGUCACACCAGUUAGCCCAGGAAGGGCGGCCACCCGCCACUGCGCUUCCUGUGUGCUGAGGAAGGACCGCCUAGCUGUUGCUGUUCGUGUUGACUUGCGGGAAGGAACUACACCAGUCCUGAGGGGUGGAAACUGCCCUGUGCAUUAAAAGCAAUUACCAUAGGACUGCAUCGCUGUGUUCUUAGUGGCUAUUGAAUUGGUGCCACAGUUGGGUGUUUUGUUUUGUUUGGUACUGGYGAGGCUUCUGACCACUGAGCCAGGAUGUUGCUAAGUGGCCGAGGCUGGCUUUGAACUUGUGGUCCUCUKCCUCUGCCUCAGCCUCCCCUUCCAGAGUCGCUGKGAUGACAGGCCUGUGCUGCUUGCACCUGGCUGUUGUAGUUGUUCUUGAGAAAAAAAAAAUAUUUGUAGACUAGGGAAGUCAAAAAGGGAUUCAUGGGGAAAGUGAACUAGUUUGAUCUUUAAAGAAAGGUGGAAUUAAACCAGAAAAGAGAGGAAAGGUGUUUCAAGCAGGGGAAAGAACCUCAGCAAAGGGUUAGAGGUUGGACUGAGCAGAUAUUAGUCAAGGCAGCGGUGAUGGGCAGGAACAUAUUUGAAUUUCGUAUGGGUGUAACGUUUGGCUUUUUAACAGCCGGUCAGUUUCCAAAAAGUGUUUGCUUAUAAGGAAAAAAGAAAAAAACUUUUAAAAAAACCACUCAAGUGGGGGGUGGGGGCAACUAGAGAAUAAUUACAGAAGACAGAAACCUUURUUUAGCCCUUUUGUGUAUGAGCCUUACCAACAUUACAUCAUAUUUCUGAGGGGAGCUCAAGUAAUAUCUACAUAAGCAGCUUUCUUAUCAUCUCAAUGUGUAAA